CAGCUGGCCGCGGCGCCGGCCCCCACCCCCCCUUUGCUGCCGACCUGUGGGAGUUUGGGCCGUGACUCCUGCCCCCUCCACCCCAGCUGCCCGGGUUCUGUGGGUCCUGGUCCCCCCACUUGGGGAGAGUUCAGGGCAGAGCUGCUUGGAGCCCCCGGGGAACUCGGGGGUCCGCUGGGGCGGUGAUAAUCAGGUGCGGGGGUGUGUGCCUGGGCUGCUGGCCACACACGCGUUGGUGCCGCGUGUGACACGGUGCUCAGUGGCCUUGGUGUACGUCGGGAUGGAGUUUGGGAAAAAGAAAAGUAACCCCACUCUGAAGGAGAGUGCGGGGAGAAGAGGAAGGCUGUGGGAGGGCUUUGAAAAGUCUAGCAAGAAAUGUAAGCAUGGCUCAAGCUCGCCGAGCGGGGGCCAGCGGGGGAGUUUGGGACGGCCCCUGGCCCGGUGCACACCUGCCCCAGCCUCGGAUGCUGGGUACCUGGUCCCAGCCCCGGUGCCCUCCCUUGUUGUCCCUGGCUGAGCAAGUGGGCAGAAGGGAUCAGAUGAGGUCAAGUGUGACAGUGGCUCAGAACUUAACGGGCCCACGAUUGCCAAGGGCUGUUGCUGUCGGGCGAGAUGGCUCGGGCGGGAUGGCUCGGCCGGGAGGAACCCUCACCCCACCCCUCGUGGAGAAUCUGCAUCCGUAGGCAGGACCAGGUCACCUCCAGGCAGGUGUGGGGCUGUGCCGAGGCCGGAGGCUGCUGGAGGGAGUCACCAGACGCUGUUCUUAGCCUAGCCCAGCGCUCCAGGUCCAUGCAGCCUGGGGGGAGCGCUUGGGACCAGGGUGCAUCCUCUCACCUCUCCAGUAGGGGGCAGCAGUGAGGAGCUAGGGGAGCAAAGGUACACUGAGGCAGGAGAGAGAGGACCGGGGAGGGGGCACACAGCUCGGACAUAGGCCAAGUGCAGGGCCAGAAGGAGUGGGGCAGGCCAAGGUGGGAUUUGAGCAGCCUGCAGGAGAGAGACGAACGUGGUCCUGCCCACCCCCACCUGCCACCUCUCCCCUCUGCUUUGGUGGUAAGGGAUCCAGCUGCUUGGGCCGGAGAGUUUGUGAUAAGCAAACUUGGGACCUUCGAAGGUUUCCCUCCUGGCAGGAUUUCAGAUUCCUCUCGGGACAGCUGUGCAGAGGGAAGACGGGGGGAGGGUCACAUCUGCUUUCUCUUCCAUUAGGGCUGCGAACCCACAGGGCUUCUGUGCCCCCCCUACAGGCACUGCCCACAUAGGGGCCAGAAAUGCCUUUGUCAGGGGCUGCUCCGUGCACCCUGGUCCCCUGCCCGUCUGUUCCCCUCUGCUCAGGUGCCACCGCCCUGAGUGGCAGUCCCCUGGGGAGCAGAGGCAGCCCCCCCCCCCAGAAGUGCCCUGCUCCCCUAGUCCUGUUAGUGUGAGGAGGGGGCGGCCCCUUUCCUGCCUUGCCCUCUCUGUCCCCGGGCCUCCCCCAAGGCGUGGGUGGGUUGGGCGUUUGCCCCAGUCUGAGCCACUCCCCUCCACUUCCAGCGGGACAGAGAGGACAGGACACGGGCCACCGAGGAGCCCUGUCUGCACCGCUCCCUGGCAGGCGGGAGGGCUGUGGCGUCCUAGAGUGCAUGGUGCAGGCAGAGACGGGCAGCUCCAGCCUCCCUCCCAGCCAGUGACGGAAGCCCCCGCGCCUGCCCCGACGCCUCCCCACUGCCCCCAGAGUCCUGUGCUCGGUCCACCAGGGAUGCACCUCCUCCUGGGGGUCUCCCCUGUCCUUUAGAGGAGCCGGUCACUGCCUCCCGUCAGCCUCUGACCGUGACCUUCUCUCUGGUUUAUGGACUCUUCCCAGAUGUGAGGGUCCCUCCCGGACACUGCUGAGGCCAGACAGAUAGCCAGUGGCUUGAGGACCCGAGUUCACUCCAGUGUCGGCCCUUUCCGGAGAGAGCCCAGCCCUGCCCUCCCGCUGCCCAGGGGCAAGGCUGCCGGGCGAGGCUGGGCCCAGGCAGCACGGCUGUGACCACCAAAGGCCUCCAGCCCCCAGGUCUUGCCCACCUGAACUCUUCUUGGGUUAACUCAUGGUGUGUGCAGCCACGUGGCUGGUGUAGGUGUUUGGAGCGUGAAGCCCAGGUCCUUGCUCGUCACUCACCCCUGACCUCCAGGAGCCACACCCAGCCUCAGCAUGGCGGCGGAGACGCUCAACUUCGGGCCCGAGUGGCUCAGGGCCCUUUCCAGCGGCGGCAGUGUGGCCUCCCCGCCCGCCUCCCCUGCCAUGCCCAAGUACAAGCUGGCUGACUACCGCUACGGGCGCGAGGAGAUGCUGGCCCUCUAUGUCAAGGAGAACAAGGUCCCUGAGGAGCUGCAGGACAAGGAGUUCGCUGCGGUGCUGCAGGAGGAGCCGCUGCAGCCGCUGGCCCUGGAGCCCCUGACAGAGGAGGAGCAGAGAAACUUCUCCCUGUCAGUGAACAGCGUGGCUGUGCUGAGGCUGAUGGGGAAAGGGGCUGGCCCCCCGCUGGCCAGCACCUCCCGUGGCCGGGGCAGCUCGCGGAGCCGAGGCCGUGGCCGAGGUGACAGCUGCUUUUACCAAAGAAGCAUCGAAGAAGGGGAGGGGGCCUUUGGACGGAACCCCCGGGAGAUCCAGCGCAGCCAGAGCUGGGAUGACAGAGGUGAGAGGCGGUUUGAGAAGUCAGCAAGGAGGGAUGGAGCGCGAUCCGGGUUUGAGGAGGGCGGGGCCGGCCCGAGGAAGGAGCACGCUCGCUCCGACAGUGAGAACUGGCGCUCUCUGCGCGAGGAGCAGGAGGAGGAGGAGGAGGGCAGCUGGAGGCUCGGGGCGGGGCCCCGGCGGGACGGAGAUCGCUGGCGCUGCACCAGCCCUGAUGGCGGCCCUCGCUCUGCAGGCUGGCGGGAGCAUGGCGAGCGGCGGCGCAAAUUUGAGUUUGAUUUGCGAGGCGGGGAUCGAGGAAGCUGCAGUGAAGAGGAGGGGCGGGGCGGGGGAGGCGCCUCCCACCUCCGGCGGGGCCGCGGGCCUGACGGCUUUGAGGACGACAAGGACGGGCUCCCCGAGUGGUGCCUGGACGAUGAGGAGGAGGAGAUGGGCACCUUCGACGCCUCUGGGGCCUUCUUGCCUCUCAAGAAGGGCCCCAAGGAGCCCAUUCCAGAGGAGCAGGAGCUUGACUUCCAGGGUCUGGAGGAAGAGGAGGAGGAGCCUUCAGAAGGGCUGGAGGAGGAGGGACCUGAGGCAGGUGGGAAGGAGCUGACCCCGCUUCCUCUGCAGGAGGACAAGUCCAGCUCCCCGUCGCCUCUGGCCACCUUGGGCCCGCUCUGGGGAACCAAUGGAGACGGGGAAGAAGCUGUGGAAAAAGAGCUUCCAGCUGCUGAAGGGGAUGAGAUGAGGGGAAUCCCGCUGAGUCCUGGGGGGGCCUCACCCCCUGGCCCGCCUGGAGAUCUGGAGGAUGAAGAGGGCUUAAAGCACCUGCAGCAGGAGGCGGAGAAGCUGGUGGCCUCCCUGCAGGACAGCUCCCUGGAAGAGGAGCAGUUCACAGCCGCCAUGCAGACCCAGGGCCUGCGGCACACCGCGGCCGCCACCGCCCUCCCCCUCAGCCACGGCGCUGCCCGCAAGUGGUUCUACAAGGACCCACAGGGGGAGAUCCAAGGCCCCUUCACAACCCAGGAGAUGGCCGAGUGGUUCCAGGCCGGCUAUUUCUCCAUGUCUCUGCUGGUGAAGCGGGGCUGCGACGAGGGCUUCCAGCCUCUGGGAGAAGUGAUCAAGAUGUGGGGUCGGGUGCCCUUCGCCCCAGGGCCCUCGCCUCCCCCCCUCCUGGGAAACAUGGACCAGGAGCGGCUGAAGAAGCAGCAGGAGCUGGCUGCGGCGGCCUUGUACCAGCAGCUGCAGCACCAGCAGUUUCUGCAGCUGGUUGGCAGCCGCCAGCUCCCGCAGUGCGCGCUCCGGGAAAAGGCAGCUAUGGGCGACCUGACGCCGCCUCCACAGCAGCAGCUCACCACGUUCCUGCAGCAGCUCCAGGCUCUCAAACCCCCCAGGGGUGGGGACCAGAAUCUGCUCCCGACGAUGAGCCGGUCCUUGUCGGUACCGGAUUCGGGCCCCCUCUGGGACGUACAUACCUCAGCCUCAUCACAGUCAGGUGGUGAGGCCAGUCUUUGGGACAUACCAAUUAACUCUUCGACUCAGGGUCCAAUUCUAGAACAACUCCAGCUGCAGCAUAAAUUCCAGGAGCGCAGAGAAGUGGAGCUCAGGGCCAAGCGGGAGGAGGAGGAGCGGAAGCGCCGCGAGGAGAAGCGCCGGCAGCAGCAGCAGCAGCAGCAGGAGGAGCAGAAGCGGCGGCAGGAGGAGGAGGAGCUGUACCGGCGCAAGCAGGUGCGGCAGCAGGAGCUGCUGUUGAAGCUGCUGCAGCAGCAGCAGGCGGCGGCCGCCAUCUCGGGGCCCCCUGCGCCCAGCUCCCCACCCCCGCUCUGGGCUGGCCUGGCCAAGCAGGGGCUGUCCAUGAAGACGCUGCUGGAGUUGCAGUUGGAGGGCGAGCGGCAGCUGCACAAGCAGCCCCCGCCCAGGGAGUCCUCCCGGGCCCAGGCCCCCAACCACCGCGUGCAGCUUGGGGGCCUGGGCACGGCCCCCCUGAACCAGUGGGUGUCUGAGGCUGGGCCACUGUGGGGCGGGCCCGACAAGAGUGGGGGCGGCAGCGGCGGCGGCGGCCUGGGGCUCUGGGAGGACACCCUGAAGAGCAGUGGGAGCCUGGCCCGCAGCCUGGGCCUGAAGAACAGCCGGAGCAGCCCGUCCCUCAGUGACUCCUACAGCCACCUGUCAGGCCGGCCUGCUCGCAAAAAGACGGAGGAGGAGGAGAAGCUGCUGAAGCUGCUUCAGGGCAUCCCCAGGCCCCAGGACGGCUUCACCCAGUGGUGUGAGCAGAUGCUGCACACGCUGAGCACCACGGGCAGCCUGGACGUGCCCAUGGCUGUGGCGAUCCUCAAAGAGGUGGAAUCCCCCUAUGACGUCCAUGAUUAUAUCCGUUCCUGCCUGGGGGACACGCUGGAAGCCAAAGAAUUUGCCAAACAGUUCCUGGAGCGGAGGGCCAAGCAGAAAGCCAGCCAGCAGCGGCAGCAGCAGCAGCAGGAGGCCUGGCUGAGCAGUGCCUCCCUGCACACGGCCUUCCAGACCAACCACAGCACCAAACUCGGCCCCGGCGAGGGCAGCAAGGCCAAGAGGCGGGCGCUCAUGCUGCACUCAGACCCCAGCAUCUUGGGGUACUCCCUGCACGGAUCUUCUGGUGAGAUCGAGAGCGUGGACGACUACUGAGCAGCCCGUCCCACCAGCCCCCGGGGCUGCAGGCGCAGCUUGGACCCGAGGGUCCCCAGCCUGCAGGCUCCUCAGAGGAGCAUAGGAGGCAGCAGGGGCAGGGUCCCCAGCACUUGUUACAAACCACACGAUGCACCUUAACUCACCCACCACGAGGCACUUUACAGAUUGGGGGAGGGGUUUUUGUUUUCUGUUUUUUAUUUUAAACGACGUUGAAGAAAAUGUUAGGAGAGACAAAAAAAACAUCGUGAAAAAUGAGACUCUUAAACACCCUGUCCCCUGUUGGGGAUAGUGGGCGUGACAAUGGAAGGUCCACAGAGGUUGGUUGGUUUUUUUUUGUUUUUUUUUGUUUUUUUUGUUGUUGUUGUUUUUUAAGAAAAAAAGAAAAAUAAUGAAAAAAAAAGUGGUUAGGAGGCUGAAAGGAAAACACACUGUUAUUUUGGGGCAGUGAGGACAGAGGCCCCAUGGCUGCACUUCCCCUCCUGCCCCCAGAAGGUGGGCCGUGGGGUAACUGGAAGCUGGAGUGCCAGCAGUUUGCACAGCGAGGCCCCCUCGGAGCCCCGCCCGCCGGACCCGCUGUGAACAGCUCGAUGCUGUGACUGUGGCCGACCGUGGCCAGGGCGUCCCGGGCGGGGGCCGCAGUCACCCCUUGGCUUUGCUGCUUCGGGGAGAGUUGCACAAGUUGGACAAGCCGCCCGGCUCCCGGGCCGCCCUCCCGCACCAGCUGGCAGGGCAGCGGGGAAGAGCUGCGCGGGCUGGGGCUGGCGGCGGGACGCGGGAUGGACUGGCCCUGCCGAGGGGCUUCCCCCACCGCUGCCAUUUGGGGGACGGCCUGGGGGUGAGGCGGAAUGCCCCAGCUCCUGCCUCGGGGCAUGAAUGUAUUCUCCGGGCCCCAAGCCCCCGCCUCACCCCCGCCAGCGAAUGGCCAGGAGCUGGAGAGAGCGCCGCCGAGCCGCACAGACUGAAGGGCAGGGAGUGGGCGGGCAGCUGGGGGCUGCAGCCCUGGGCAUCCACGCGAGGAAGUGCCCGAGCUGCAGCGUGCCCUGUGGCCUGUGGACCACCCAGCCCUGCGCCUGGCCCCUCUGUUGACCAAAUGGGAGAGGAGUGAGUGGCUUCUCCCCUUGAUGCGUUUUUUUAAUGUUAGGUAAGGUUGGGGUCGAGGACGGAAGUGGGCGUCUCUCCUGGGGUCGGGGGAGGCCGCCCUUCUGUCGCUCACUUUGAAUUCCCGAUGCCCUACCUGGGGUUGUCGCCAUCGUUUCUUGGUUUCUUAGUAGUUCAUCUUUUGGAUUUCUCAUCUGACUUCUCCCGUUGACCUCAUCGCUGAGUGCAGUAUUAGGGCGGGACUCUGCCGCUGCCUCCCCUCCAUGAAUGUAUUUCCCCUUCCUGCCUGGGGAAGCAGGGAGCUGCCCCGGGCUCUUCUCCCAUCUCUCCUCAGUGAGACGGCUUUUCUUUUUCUUUCUUUUUUUUUUUUUUUGCACCAAAGUGGCAGCCGGGUCAGUGUUGGGGGACAAAGCUGGCCUCGGGGUGGAAGGGCCCCUCCACCUGCUGCGCCCUGGUCUCGACAGUGUUAGCGUCUGUGAAAAGACAAUAUUCUCUCUAAAGCAAUAAGGGGGUGACGGGCCAGGGGGAAAAAUGUCUUGCUGCUGCUGGCCCCCCAGCUCCCACUGCCCUCUGGCCUAUGUGCGGUGGCUUAGAGGUGUGGGAGGAGACUCCUGUUGUGACUGAAUGUAACGCCCCUGCCCCUGCCACAGCCAAUGCAGGGGAAGGGGGGGCUCUUCCUGUCUCUUCCUGCCCCUUCCCCCCUCAGCUAAAGAGACUUUGAACUUAGGGGGCCCCUGAGCCUGGAGAGGCCUUAACCCUGUGAGGAAGUAUAGGGGGAGCCCUCUCCCACCCCUAUCCCCUUCUGAGAGUGGUCAAUGUUUACAAGCCCUGAGCGCCCCAGCCCAAGGGCUCAGACCCCCCUGCUGGCCUUUCCUAGCCCGUCUUCCUGGGCCCUGGCUGCUCCCCCACCCUGCAGGGGUUCGGGUUGGGGCAGGGCUCUACCUGUUAUUCCCUCGUCUGCCUUGUCCCCAGUCUCCCCCACUUCCACCCUGUGUGACCCCCUUUUCCUUUACCUGCCCCUGUAAAUACCCCUUUCUCCCAAUAAAACUCGGUGUGUGUUCUCCUCGUA